AUGGGUUUUCGUGGGAAAUUCUUCUUCCCAACGCUCAUGACUCUAUCGUUAUUUCUAAUAAUCAGGUACAACUACAUACUCUCCGGUGAUCCUCCUCUCCAGCAAGAUCUCCCUGGACGCCGGUCAUUUUCUUCCAGAGAUGACGUCAUAUCUUCCAUCAAGACUCCGCCAAAGAAGACUAAGAGACUUUUUCACACGGCGGUGACAGCCACUGACUCUGUGUAUAGCACAUGGCAGUGUCGGAUCAUGUACUAUUGGUACAACAGGUUCAGGGACGAACCUGGUUCGGAGAUGGGCGGGUAUACCCGAAUCUUGCACUCGGGUCGACCCGAUGGGCUCAUGAAUGAGAUCCCUACCUUUGUUGCAAACCCUCUUCCCUCUGGUGUUGAUCAGGAUGGUGGCGCUUAG